AUGCAUGGUGACGGCUGGACAACAUUGAAAAUAUACCAUUACAUCGCCAUGGACCAUAUUAUUCCCCAUGUGUGCACCACUCUUCUAGCGGCAAGAUUGAUGGUCUACUGGCUAGGGAAAAUAAAUGCUAUUCUUCCAAAUCCCUAUCUAGAUGAGGUAUUCCAUGUGAGACAGGCACAGGCUUACUGGAAUCAUCGAUGGCAGCAAUGGGACCCGAAAAUCACGACACCGCCUGGCUUAUAUAUUGUCUCCUACGCUGUGGCUUCAUUGUCGACUGCUCUCUUUGGGAAACCUGUGGAACUCUCGGCUUCCAUACUACGGUGCAUAAAUGGUUUGGUGCUGUUCAAUAUUCUUCAGCUUACACUGAGAAGGUUCUUUUCAUUAAGGCAAACACUCAUGCUGGAAAAGGGGGAGGUUGGGAUAAGCUCUUGGUCAAUUAGCCUCAGUGCUCUAAAUAUCUGUCUUUUCCCACCACUUUUCUUCUUUUCCGGCCUUUAUUAUACCGAUUUGGCUGCCCUACUUGUUGUCUUGGAGGCUUGCAACGUUGAUUUGGAGCGGAGUUCUUUUGUGGAUGGUCAUGGUGCUGUUAAAGGUUCUUUACGGAUGACUCUGAAAUACCUUAGCCUUGUCGUACUUGGAUUGGCUGCCCUUGUGUUCCGACAAACAAAUAUCUUCUGGGUUGCGGUGUUCCUUGGAGGCCUACAAGUGGUGAACACACUACGUUCGAGGUCUACAGAAUGCCGGUGUUCUGACAUACAGCGUAUUGCAAGGGGUAGCUGGGAAUUGAAACAACUCUAUGACCCUCCUGCCGCUGCCGCGUAUAUUGAAGGUAAUGCUUGCAUCCAUGAUGAGCUUAGAUGUUAG